AUGGACGCGGAUCUGCUGUUUCAUCAGUUUGCCAAACCGAUGGAGUGGCUAAUCCCUCUCCGCGACUCCGUGCCUCCGCUUGGAGAAUGGCGAGAUGAUCUGGUAGACGAAAGCAACGUACGCGACUUGAUCGAGUCUGCCCCGUGGGAGAUCCUUGCUGCCAAGAUUGAUCGUCUCACAUUCAGAGGUCGGGCUUAUUGGGACUCUACUCACGCCUUUCCGGUGAGCAUCGCCAAGCGGCGCACCAGUCGGUACUUCGAUGCGUCCAAUUUGAUCGCAAGCAGCGUCGAUCAAGAGCCGGUGCCCGGUGGAAGUCGUUCCUUCAACAGAUCUACUGGAGGCUUGACCAGUAUGGACGCGGCCGAUCGUUGGCGCAACCCCUAUCGCGACGAGCCAGAAAAUCACUCGGCGCUUCGGAUCGCUCGUCUGUCCGGCAUGUUCCUGUCCUCCUCUUCCUGA